AUGGACCGUUUCCUUCCAGUAGAUUAUGAGCAGCAUCUUUAUCGCCUUUACCAUAAUUGUACCCAGGGAAGCAGGACAAUAAAGGAUUAUACUGAUGAGUUCUUACGGUUGGUAGAGAGAAAUUCGUUGAAUGAGACUCAGGGGCAGACGGUAUCAAGAUAUGUCAAUGGAUUGACGACAUCAAUACAGGAUAGAAUAGGGUUACAAGUUUUCUGGGACAUCCAUGAGGCUCAAAAUAUGGCUAUGAAGGCACAACAGUUAGAGAAAGAAUUGAAGGAACGUGAACAGAACGAGAAAAAAAUGAAUUAUGGCAACAACAAUAAUUACCCGAGGAAGACAGCAGAUUCAUAUGUUCCUAACAAGGAGAAGAAAGAGGUCCAGCCGAUCCAAAGAAAUAAUUAUAAAGGGCAGAAUUACAGAGGAGAGAGCAGCCAGAACAAUGACAUAAAUCAGAAUCGAAAUCAGAGACCAAACCAUGGCCCAUACGCUAGAGCAACUGGUGAUGUCUGCUAUAGGUGUUUCCAGCCUGGCCACCGAUCAAAUAACUGUCCAAAGCGGAAGCAAGCGAACCUUGUAGAAGGAACCGAAGAAGCUGAUGAUCAUAGUGGAAAUUAUGAUGAUGAUUAUGAUGGGGCUGAGUUUGCAUAUGAAGAUAAUAACGAGGUUGUUAAUUUGAUGAUGAAUCGUACUGCUAUUGAAGAAGAUGAAGUGCUCAGCAUGGUGCUACAACGAGCUCUCCUUUCACCUAAACAAGAAGGACAGAGGAAUCACAUAUUUCGUUCCUUAUGUUCUGUUGACAACAAGGUGUGCACAUUGAUUGUAGAUGGAGGCAGCUGUGAGAAUUUUGUGUCAAAAAAGCUGGUUGAUUAUUUAAAACUUCCAACAGAAAUGCAUAAGAAUCCUUAUAUGUUAGGGUGGGUGAACCAUGUAUUACUAGGAAGGCCUUGGCAGUUUGAUGUUGAUGCUACCCACAAAGGGCGUGAUAAUGUGUUUAUCUUUGAGUGGGUUUCUCAUAAAAUUGCACUUGCUCCUGUUGAUCAAUCUAGAAAAUUAGAAAAACCACAAGUUGGGAGUUCAAAUUUUCUAGCUAUCUCCAAGAAUAGCCACGAGUUUGAAGACAUUAUUAAAGAAGUUGGAUGCAUGUAUCCAAUUGUUCUUAAGGGGCUUAUGGUGACAAAUGCUGUUUCAAGUCACGUUCCAAAAGUAGUGCAGGAAAUUUUGAGUGAGUAUGAAGAUUUGGUUUUUGAGGAUUUACCAGCACAACUUCCUCCUAUGAGAGAUAUUCAACAUCAGAUUGAUUUAGUCCCUGGAGCAAGCCUACCUAAUCUUCCUCAUUAUCGAAUGAGCCCGAAGGAGAAUGUGAUCUUGAAGGAGAAGAUCGAAGAGCUGCUGGAAAAAAGGAUUUAUUCGUGA